UUCUGUGUCAUCCCUCUGCAUCGACCGUUGCGUCCUUCGCCCGAUCGCGCACACGCUUCGGAUUGUCAAGCGCCUCCCGAUGCUCAGACACGCCGUCUGGAUGGACUACUACAACGUCAAGCCCAGCGAAUGUCCCGUGGCCUUCAACAACGUAUUCGUCGGGAAGGAGUGCACACUUCACCUCCAGACACAUCCCGACGUGCAACACCAAAGCCUAGAGGCAGUAUUAGACUUCCACCGCGUACGGCGGAUCCCCCGUGCAAGGACGAUGUGUAUAUCUAUACCGAGCACGAUGGAGGCCCCGGCAAGGCGUGCGGCCACCUACGAUGGCACACGUCAGCCCACUCAUCAAGAGACACGAUGCCCGAUGUUCUUUGGAAAUGAACCAUUGGUCGAGGAACCCCGUUCCAUGCAGGUUAUUAUCCACAUGAUAUUACUGAGGAGUGCAUUGAUGAUUGUCUUCCUCGCACAGGAGGCACAACCGUACCCCACCCGUCAGAUCGUGAAUCUACAGGCCAGCACGCAUCGCAGGGUCAGGCACCCCGGGAAGUGUUGGGAGCGGGGCGGGAGCAUACUGCUUGUGAUGCUCCCAGACAGAUCGAACCAUCCAGUCACAGUGGCGCACGUACGUAUUCUACACAACAACGCAUCGUACGCCCGAAAGCGACGCAAUGCUCACCGAUGAUGAAGGGGACCAGGCGUUCUCACAACUGCACAUUGAGAACCACAACUACACGCGCCUCGACCCUGCUACGGGCUGCGCGACAGUAAUCCUUCGCGUAAUCUUCCCACCUUUACGGUCUCUGUGCUCGCCCUACCUGUUGUCCCAGACUUGGAGU